CAGAUAAAAUGCAAGUCUGCUCCUGUGAAAAGUACGCGGGGCUCGCAAGUGACUGCAGGAGAUAGAUGUGCUUUAGUCCGGUACGGCAGCGUGGCCGCGGUCCAUGCUCCCACAGCGGCCAAGACCUGCCUCCGGCUCCGGAGCGGGGGACCAGCGGUCGCGGUCUCUGCCGGGCAGUUUGCGUUGGCUGCUGUGUGUGGUUGAACGUGUGUGUACCCCAUUGCCGCCCCAGAGCAUCCAGCGCCCUGCUGGAGUCGCUGGGGGCUGCAGAUAUAGUGCCUAGUAUUAAUGAGCGAGGGAGAGGGGUGGGAAAAAUCCAUAUGGAACAUUUUAUUGAUGUGAUCGUAAUCCUGUAAUGGAGAUUGCAUUAAAUGAGGAUUGCAUCCUAACGCCUAGCUGCUGUGGAGAGACCGGGAAGCAGAAACUGUGCUGGAUUGUAAAUGAAGUUCUUUGAUUGAAGGAUUUUCUUGAACCAUGAAGGGAUGUCUGUAAGCUUAAAGUUGCGGUGUAUGUGGAGUACCAGAAUGGGAUAGAAACCAGAUCAAGCUGAAAUAGGUUUUCAUGUACUCGGGCUCUGGAUACAGUUAGAAUUGUUUAGAGGCAUUGCAGUGAUGGCCAAUGAAUUCUUGGUUUCAUAUAUGGAGACCACAGCAAGGCAAGGAGGGAGGAAAACACGGCAAGGCAAGGAGAGAAUGUUACCAUUUGGGAAGAGAAGGAUGGUUUCUUUGUGACUUGUGCCAUAAUGGCACAAAGCGCACAGCCUGCAGAACCCUUGUAGGUGAUCUGGGAAGCAGAGGAUUUAUCUCACUUGCCUUUUGCAACCUUGGUGUAGCUUCCUGCAAGAAGUAGCUGCCAGGUGUGCAUCAAGAGGCAAACAGGGACUCACCUGCCCCUCUCGGACAGCAAAAGGAGCUGUGAGCUUGAAAGAGACGAACUUGAUCCCCCUGAUCCCCUCUGUUUGAGCCUGAGUUGGUAAUACAUUUUGAAUCAUUGUUGCUGCUUAUCUCAGUUGGCAAAGGAGGGGAGAAGAUGUUGAACUUGACUGAAGCACGGCAGACCUGAGGUAGAUAUUAUGAAUUCACCCUUGCAUUCUUUUUGUGCUAAUUUUUAUUCUGGCGUGGAGAACUGAGCCACAAAGAGCACCUUCCUCAAGAUUUACCAAAAGGAAACCUGAUGAGAACAGAAAGAUUAAGCCAAAGCCAAAUUUUAACGCCAUCAGUGGAAGUGGCAUUGACCUGUCAGAUCACACAGGUAAAAAGAUGUAAGCUGCUCUUGGUAUUCUGCACGAAUACUCAUUAGUCAUUCUGGAGAUGGACUUGCUGUCUGGAACCUACCUCUUGGCCGUCUUAUUAGCCUGUAUUGUAUUGCAAUCUGGCGCACAGGAGAAGAAUUAUACCGUGCGGGAAGAACUGCCUGAAAAUGUCCUCAUUGGCAAUUUGCUCAAGGAUCUUAACCUAACGCUGGACCCAGAUGUGCCCCUGUCUUCACCCCUGCAGUUCAAGCUUGUGUAUAAGACUGGGGAUGUGCCAUUGGUACGGGUGGAGGAGAACACCGGUGAGAUUUUCACAGCUGCAAACCGCAUAGACCGAGAGAAGCUGUGCUCUGGCAUCUUUAGUGAGAAUCGCUGUUUUUACGAGGUGGAGGUUGCUGUUUUGCCUGAUGAAGUCUUCAGACUGGUUAAGAUCAGAUUCCUAAUAGAGGAUAUAAAUGACAAUGCCCCUCUCUUUCCCUCAACAGUUAUUAACAUCUCUAUCCCUGAAAACACAGCAAUUAAUUCUCGCUAUUCUGUCCCAUCUGCCAUCGACCCUGAUAUCGGUGUGAAUGGUAUUCAACAUUAUGAAUUACUUAAGCCCAAAACAGCUCCGAAAAGGACUUUUGGAUCCAUUACAAAUGAUCAGGGUCAAAACGUGUUUGGUCUUGAUAUAACUGAGACACCUGAAGGAGAUAAGUGGCCUCAACUGAUUGUCCAACAGAUCCUGGAUAGGGAACAGAAGGAUACCUAUGUGAUGAAAAUUAAAGUUGAAGAUGGUGGAAGCCCUCCAAGAUCUAGCACUGCCAUCCUCCAAGUCACAGUGACUGAUGUGAAUGAUAAUCGCCCAGUCUUCAAAGAGAAUGACAUUGAAGUCAGUGUCCCAGAAAACGCCCCAGUGGGCACCUCUGUUUCUCAGCUCCAUGCCACUGAUGCAGACCUGGGCUCAAAUGCACAAAUUCACUUCUAUUUCAGCAAUCAGAUCUCCAGUUUGGCCAAAAGGCUGUUUGCCAUAGAUAACACCACUGGUCUCAUCACUAUAAGGGAACCACUAGAUAGGGAGGAAUCUCCUGUACACAAAUUGACUAUUUUGGCAAGUGAUGGCAGUUCAACUCCAUCAAGAGCAACAGUGACUGUUAAUGUUACAGAUAUUAACGACAAUGUCCCAUCAAUAGACACGAGAUACAUCAUCAAUCCAGUGAACGGGACAGUGCUUUUGUCUGAAAAGGCUCCCCUUAAUACGAAAAUUGCAUUGAUAACAGUAAUGGACAAGGAUGCUGAUCUGAAUGGAAAAGUUACUUGUUUUACAGAUCAUGAUGUUCCUUUUAGGCUAAAGCCCGUGUUUGAUAAUCAGUUUCUUCUGGAGACAGCUACGUUUCUAGAUUAUGAAGCCACACGGGAAUAUGCCAUUAAAAUAGUGGCAUCAGAUUCAGGGAAACCUCCCUUAAAUCAGUCUGCAAUGCUCCUCAUCAAAAUAAAAGAUGAGAAUGACAAUGCCCCAGUUUUUACACAGCCUAUCAUAGGUCUUUCCAUCCCUGAAAACAAUGCUCCUGGUACUCAGCUAACCAAGAUAAGCGCUACAGAUGCUGACAGUGGGCGCAAUGCUGAGAUCAGCUAUAUCCUGGGUUCUGAUGCACCCCCUAUUUUCAACCUUGACCGCCGUACAGGUAUUCUGACAGCAGUGAGAAAGCUGGAUAGAGAAAAGCAAGACAGGUACUCCUUCACUGUGCUGGCUAAAGAUAAUGGGAUACCACCCUUGCAGACCAAUGCUACUGUGACAGUGUCUGUCCUGGACCAGAAUGAUAACAGCCCUGCUUUCACACACAAUGAAUACAAUUUCUAUGUACCAGAAAAUUUACCCAUGUAUGGCACAGUGGGGCUUAUCACAGUUACAGAUGCUGACUCAGGAGAGAAUGCUGCUGUUACUCUCUCUAUAUUAAAUGGUAGAGAUAAUUUCAUUAUAGAUCCACUUACUGGUGUAAUAAGACCUAAUAUUACCUUUGAUAGGGAACAGCAGGGGUCAUAUACUUUCCAGGUGAAAGCUGUGGAUGGAGGAAGAGUGCAGCGUUCCUCAACUGCCAAAGUGACCAUCAAUGUUGUUGAUGUAAAUGACAACAGGCCUGUUUUUGUUAUCCCUUCAUCUAACUAUUCCUAUGAGUUGGUUCCAACAUCAGCCAGUCCAGGGUCUGUAGUUACUAAAGUCUUUGCAGUUGAUAAUGACACAGGAAUGAAUGCAGAGCUCCGCUAUAGCAUUAUAGGUGGGAACUCACGGGGCUUGUUCACAAUUGACCAAUUAACAGGCAAUAUAACUUUGAAAGAGAAGGUAAUUACAUCAGAUCAUGGCUUGCACAGACUGGUGAUAAAAGUCAAUGACCUAGGACAGCCCGAGUCUCUUUACACUAUAGCUCUUGUGCAUUUAUUUGUUAACGAGACAGUCACCAACAGUUCCUACGUACAAGAGCUAGUGCGCAGGAACAUGGAAACUCCAGUUGGCCAGAAUGUUGGGGAUGGGGAAAUAACCCCACAAACCAAUGAUUAUGUCAAGAUCAUCAUUGCUAUUAUUGCAGGCACUAUGACAGUUAUUCUGGUAAUUUUUGUUACUGCUUUAGUACGGUGCCGCCAGACACCUCGGCACAAGGUUGUCCAAAAAAACAAGCAGAGUGGUGAAUGGGUUUCCCCAAACCAAGAGAAUAGGCAGAUCAAGAAAAAGAAGAAGAAGAAGAAGCGCUCUCCAAAAAGUCUCCUUCUCAACUUUGUGACUAUUGAAGAAUCUAAGCCUGACGAUCCUGGCCAUGAGCACAUAAAUGGCACUUUAGACAUUCCUGUAGAGCUAGAAGAACAGACUAUGGGAAAGUAUAACUGGGCCACCACACCAACCACAUUUAAGCCUGAUAGCCCAGAUUUAGCAAAGCACUACAAGUCUGCUUCUCCACAGCCCACCUUUCAAAUUAAACCUGAGACUCCUGUACCCCCCAAGAAGCACCAUGUUAUUCAGGAACUGCCUCUAGAUAACACCUUUGUGGUGGGCUGUGACUCACUUUCCAAGUGCUCAUCAAGCAGCUCGGACCCUUACAGUGUUUCUGAAUGCAGCUGUCAAGGAGGCUUCAAGACCCCAGGACCCAUACACACCAGACAGCACACAAAAGAAAUUGGAAGGCCACAAACUCCUUUGAAAGAAGCAACCUUGGAGCCAUGGACUCAGCCACAGCCUCAGCGCCGUGUCACAUUUCACCUACCAGAUGGCUCCCAGGAAAGCUGCAGUGACAGUGGGCUUGGAGACCACGAACCCACGAGCGGUGCUAGCACAUCGCACCCUCUGCCCCUCGGCUUCCCCCAGGAGGAGUAUUACGAGCAAGCUUCACCCAACAGCCGGACAGAAGGAGAUGGCAACUCAGACCCGGAGUCUACUAUUGAAAUAAAUCUGCAGAAAGCCCUGGCUGAAGCUUCUGAAACCUGCACACAGGAGUGUCUCAUCCUCGGCCAUUCUGACAACUGCUGGAUGCCACCUUCGUUGACACAGUAUCAGCAGUCCAACACCUCUUUGCCAUCGUUUGGCUUCCAGCAAGGCUGGGGCCGAGGAGCCAGACCCGAGGGACGACACACUCUUGGGAGGCCUCUUCCAAAGGAUGACACUGACAAAGGCCAGGGUGGGCCCAGGCCCCAGUUCUAUAACACCUGCGAAAGACUUUGUGCCAGUGAAGAUCCUGUCAAAGUCAUUCCUCUGGCAAACUUCGCCGCAUCCCACCAGGCACCGGUGUCUGGGAGCAGCACUACGUUUAUACAUGAGCACCAGCUAUAAAUUCAUAUCUGGCAAAUCUGUUAUUUCAGGCUUUAAGUGUGACUGUAUAUAGUCACAGCCUAACACUGUUCUUAGCGCAUAUACAAACUUGUUAGGCUUGUGAGCAUUUAUGUAUAUAGGAUCCUAAAUUUGAAAUUGAAAAGCUAAAUCCUUCGAACUUAGUUUAAAGAAAUUUACCACGGUUCUUGGUAAAAUCCACCAAAUGGGGAAGAAAACCCACAACCCAGAAACUGUCAAAAGGAAAAGGCAAAAUUCUGUUCAUUUUCUUGUAUGGGCCUUAUAGUACAAAUAUCUGUGAGCAGUUCUUCCUCCCUGUUGAAAGCAAUUUCUUAGUACAGUUUGGGGAAUAUUAGUCUAAAUAUAGCUUAUUCAGCUUUUUCUUUGUUUUUAUAAUUUAUAGCGUAUUCAUAGAUUUCAUCUUCCAUUUGCCUAGCAUAGUGAUCAAGUGGGCAAUUUCCCAUCUGAUUACCUUACAUAAUAGAAUGAGUAAGAUCCUAAAAUCUAAUUUUUAAGAAGGCUAGUAUAUCUUUCCACCAAAAUUUAUUUUUUAUGUAACUAAAAGGGAAAAUAUACUUAAAGACAUGACAACUGCUUUUGAUUUUAAUAUUUUUGGGUCAAUCUACAGGUAUUCAUUCUUUGAAAUAAUGAAAUAGAUUAAAUAGAAAGCUCUCAACUAGGAUUUUCUGUGAGAAAUAAACAACAUGACAAUGAUAGGAUAAGCAAGAUCAAAACUGGAAAAAAAGUUGCAAGUAACUUUUUUAAUUUCCAAGAUUUUCCUUUCUACAAUAAUACAAGCAACACUAUGAUACAUAUUAUGCUUUUCAAGCCAUAAGCCUAUGUUUUGUUUUGGUCUAGUUUUUUUCAUCUUGCAGAGCUUGCUUUGGCUACUGUACCCGUUAGUUGAAAUUUAUUUGGGCACUGCUGAAAACAGUAGGAAAAUGGGGUAGUUAUUUUGGCUGAUGUGAUGUGGCUGCAAGCUACUGGUGUUUAAAAGAUUAUUAUAGUGAUGCAUAUGGCGGGUUUUUCCAGCUAUAUUCACCUAUUGUAAGUAUACAGUAAAAGGUUAGCUAGAUUAUUAGUUACCUCACCACAACCUAUUAGAUGGAGGAGCGCUUGUCAUUGUGGCUUAGUUUAUUAGAGAAUGACUGACAGAAUCUGGGUACUGAAAGCUGGAUAAGUGUAAUCAUAAGCACACCCCGGUCAGAUUAUUUGAUCAAGUCUCAAAGAUGAGUCUUGUUAAAGAUGAGCGAAUUUUUGUUGUGUUCUGUGUACUGGAGGGUAUUUAAUACUGGCAGAAAAAGGCUGGUAAAAUCUACAGUGGAUGAAAAGUAGGUUCCUUUCUUAGAUGAAAAAGCACUUUUACCUUCUCGUAUUUUGUUGCUGUUCAGCCAUUUACACUAUGUACCUACCAAGAAAUUUUUUCUUUAAAAAAAUUGUGUAACUUUGUUUAAUUUUACUGCAACAUUGAGACAAUCGAAGUUGUAUGGAAGGGGAAAAAACAGUGUGUGAAUAUUUCCUAUGGAUAGAAUUCUAUGUAGGCUUCAUAUUGUAACUUAAAUCUGUAAUUUAUAAGCAAAACUGUGUGUAAAAAUGCUGUAAUAUUAGCUGCUUGUAAAAUUUACAGAAGUUCAAGUUGUCGAGGGUUUCCAAUGAAUGCUAAAAGAGCUUCUCUUAUGUGCCCAGCAGGUAUAAGUAGCUUUAUAUAUUGCUGUCCCCACUGUAAAUCUCUUCAAACCACAUUUAGAUUUUAUGUGCAAAACAAAAGAAGCUUCACUUUUAACCUACUGAUAGAGUUUAAUUAAUGGACAUCAGAUUAUCUAAUGAUGUACUUUUUUUCCUUUCCUUUUUUUAAUGUAGUUUUCAGUAACAUUUAGAAAAGAUGUGGCACACUGGCUUCCAGUUGCAUGUAAAUCCUGGAAAAAAAUAAUAAUCCUUUGGGUACUGACACACAAUAGCUGACAACUCAUUUCUGAUUCCAGGACAAUUAAAAAUGUGACAGAUUAAUUCAUACCUAAUAUAUACAAAGCUGUUUGUUGUUUCCUUUGGAGACUUCACGACGAGGAAGUCCUUUUCAGGGAUAUGCAAAAGAAAGCUUAUCUGUAGUUUACACAGAUUUACCAAACAUAUUAAUCGUGCAAAUUCAGAAUAAUGCUGACAGCUAAUGCUUCCUAUUGUAGCAGAGGACUUCAGGUUUUAUUACAGAAGGCUGCCACAGCAAAUGUUUACAGAGUUGGCUGCUGAAUUGGAAAAGUCUGAUUUUUUUUUUUUUUGGCCUCUAACGUCUCCAUUCUGACUGAAAGUUGUAACUGAAAUUUUCUGGCAAAAAAUAGCAUUUCUGAAAUGUUAGGAUUUUCAUAGGAAAAGGUGAAGGAACCAGAACUAGUGUUUUUUCAUAGGCAGGGGAAAAAACAAACUUCAGAUUUGAAUAUUUAAGGGUUUUGGAGGAGGAAAAGAGGGGGAAUGCCUAAGGUACAGUAGAAAAUAACCAAUACCCCUUUCUCUUGAAAACAAAAGAACAAAAAAAAUCCCUGCAAAACACCAAAACCAAACAGCAAAAAAAGACUUGCUUAAAGAAGCAGAAUUGUAAAGAUAAAUCUGAUUAUAGGAAGUGUUAAGUGUUUAUAUCCAUUAAAUUGUGUUGUGAUAUUCUAAAAUUGUGUCAAACAAGAUACAGAACAAUUAAUUAUAAGUAAAUGUUGUGUCAGGACUUAAAUGGUUCCCUCAUUUUUAUAUAUUACCUGUCUGAUAUAUAAACCCAUGCAUUUGAGGCAACGAUUUUCUUUGAGUGGCAUGUCAGUAUCCAGAGGAAUAACGUUAAUAGAGACUCUUUACACAUCUUGUCAUAUAUAUAAAUAAUUUAUCUAGUACAUAGACUGUAUAUUUUUGUGUAUUUUUUUUUAGCCAUUUAACUUAUUUUAUCUUACUUGUGUGAAUUUGUGGAGAAAACAAUCCUAUAUACAAUAUACAGUAAAAUGGUAGUUACAUGAUUAGAUUUGUUUCAUACAGUGUAACGAUAAAGGAAAACCUUUGCCUUCAAAGUGAUGUGUCACACAGUCUAGCCUAGGUUAUUCCCACACCUUCCUCCUUACCCCCCCCCCCCGCCAAAUUCAGCACAUGCUUGUUGCAUUUCUGAGUUCUGCAUCAAAGUUAUAGGUAGUGGUGGCGGAAGGGAAGGAACUUCUUUCGUACUGGAAAGCAGUCAAUGAUUGAAAAAUAAAAUAAAGAAGUGAGGUCGAACUGUUUGAAGUAAAAUACGCGGUUUCUUUGUUUUCCUGAACUCUGUUGUAUCAUAAAGUGCAACUUAAUUCUGAAGAAAGAAUCAUUAGGCAUGUCUGCUUGGCUAGACAGAGACUACUGAGCACCUGCUCUCUCUGGGCUGUGAGCUGGCAGGAUGCAGGUCAUUUAGCUAAUUAUCAUGGCAAUGAGCCCAUGCUAAUAGGACCGGAGGGCUUAUGAAUGUUAGCAUAACAGCUAGCUUGACAUAACAUUAGUUAUGUGGUUUUGAAUCCAGCCAGGUCUUUUUAGUUCGUGUAGGGCUGGAGGAGAGCAGCCACUUCGUAUUGGACAUCUGUGACCCCAGUGUGUAUAGAUCUGUUUGGGUUUUGUUGUAAGAGAAGUGAAGUUUGCUCUGCUGAACAAGCUGUAAUCCAGCAUGGAACCCCAUCAGCGCUGAUCUACCAUUAUUACACUGCUUCCAGCAUGGUCAAGCCAAAGGCAGUAGACCUAAAUAAUUUCUGGUCAGUAACAGUUGAUUAGCUCAAGGUUGUUUGAUUCAGGCUUCUAAAGCUGGAGUUUUUAAAGCUUGAAAAUUUACCCUUGACUUUGUUUGCUCAAGUUUUGCUUUUGCAGCUUUAAUACCAAUCCUUAAUGAAUUAUUAUCAAUUAAAUGAUUGCAGUGCAGUUUACUACCAUAAUUUAAUGGGAUAAAUAAAAAGGAAGAGAUUCGUUUGUGCAGACACAAAGUAAAGUUGAAGGCAAAGAUUUUAUUUGGUAUACAUAGAGAAAAAUGUGUAUAACUUAUGUUAUCCCUAGUGAAGAAAGAGACUGAUGAUUUCUUGUAAAUAUUUGAGUUUGUAUUUCUGGGAAACCUCCCUGCUCUAUGGCAUACUACAGGAUCUGAGAGUGAGCAGUGUAUGUCUGUGUAUUGAAACAGACCUAACCACACUUUAAACAUCAUGCAGUUGGACAUCAUAUACUACAGUCCAGCAGCAUUUAAAGUCCAGUAAAUCUGCAGUAGUUCUAUUUCAGGUUUCUGUACAGCAUGUGGUCUUGUUAAUUACAAUGCUGAUUAAUAAACUAGAUCCACAAAAGCA